AUGUCAGAGACGGAAGCGAUGCAGCCGGAUGUUCGACCCCGAGCUACUCCCAGUCCGGCACAUUCCUCAACUACGGACGACGAUCCGUCCUCGCCCGGGAGUCCGUCGGGGGGCCGCUCCCCCUCUCUCCCCUCCCCUCCUAGAGCGGGCUCCUCCCUGGCGUGCCCGCCGGUCUCCGUGCACGGGUUCUACGCCCCGCCGGGGCUGCGCCUGGGCAGCCCCCAGCCCUCGAGCAAGCCCCGUGUGUCUCCGGGGCUGACGUGCGUCGUCUGCGGAGACACGUCCAGCGGGAAACACUACGGCAUUCUCGCCUGCAACGGCUGUAGCGGCUUCUUCAAGAGGAGCGUCCGCAGAAAGCUCAUCUACAGGUGUCAAGCGGGGACUGGCAACUGCGUUGUGGACAAAGCUCAUCGCAAUCAAUGCCAGGCUUGCCGACUGAAAAAGUGCUUGCAGAUGGGCAUGAAUAAGGAUGCGGUCCAGAACGAGCGGCAGCCGCGGAACACGGCCACGAUCCGGCCGGAGAGCCUGUCGGAGCUGGAGUCGGAGCGCUUGCUUCGCGACGGAGUGGCCGCCACAGUCGCCGCGCUCUACCCGCCGCCUCCACCACAGCCGCACCACCGUGUACCACCGCCGCACCACCACCACCACCUGCUCGGAGGAACCAAAAUAGAGAGGGACCACGACCCCAAGGAAGCAUUGGAUAGUCACAUGUCCGACAUCUCUCGGGAAGAACUGCUGGAGCAGCAGCAACAACAACAGCAACGCCAAGGCAUUCCGAUGGUGGGACCGAGUGGCCCCUAUGGGCCCCAGGAAGUUGGGGGACCUGUAUUUAGUUGCCCACCACCAGGACAGGAAACCAUUUACGAGACUUCUGCCAGACUCCUUUUCAUGGCAGUCAAGUGGGCAAAGAAUCUUCCAUCUUUUGCCAAUCUGCCAUUCAGAGAUCAGGUUAUUCUACUCGAAGAAGCAUGGUCGGAGUUGUUUCUGCUGUGUGCCAUCCAGUGGUGCAUGCCCUUGGAGCAGAGUCCACCCCUCUUUACCCCGGCAGAGCAUCUGGGGACGGGACACCUGCCCAACGGUAAAGCUGCCCUGACUCUGGCUGACGUCCGGACUUUGCAGGAAACGUUGGCUCGCUUCAAGGCGGUCGGCGUUGAUCCGGCCGAAUUCGCCUGUUUGAAAGCCAUCGCUCUCUUCAAAGCCGACGCUCGUGGCUUGAAAGAUGCUCAUCAAGUGGAAGGUUUGCAGGACCAGGCGCAACUAAUGCUGCAACAACAUGUGAAAACGCAACACCCAACACACCCAUUCAGAUUCGGACGCCUGUUGCUAAUGCUGCCAUCCCUUCGCUACGUACCUUCAGAACGAGUGGAGGGAAUGUUCUUCCACAGGACGAUCGGAAACACCUCCAUGGAGAAGCUUCUCUGCGACAUGUUCAAAUGUUAA